AGACGCUCGCUCACGUGGUCAAAUGUCGAGCGUGGGACGUGCGUGGGAACUGUGUUAUAAAUCACAAUAUUUUUUUGUGCGUAAGCACUUUCUGUGUUUCGUCCGUACGCUACCUUUUGAGUGAAUCCUCCGCACAGUUUUGAGGCCCCAGAGGUGGCAGAACGGAGUACUCGGGUCGGGGUGUAAACAGUCUAUAACCAAAACCAUCUUCUGAAGCCAACCAAGCCAUGUUGUGACUCAGCGGCAGAACAACUUGAUUCCAUGAAGACAUCCUCCACAUGUGAAGGUCUUCAUUGGCUCACAGUAUUUCGUCCUCUCUGCCCCCACUGUCUUCAAUGAUGUAGGUGUGCUUGAUCGUCUGUGCAGCAGUUCCUUGUUAAGGGCCAUUUCCUAUUGCCUUCUGUGGAUUUCUGCCCAGACCUCAAUGUCUCCCUUCCCUCACACUUUACCACCCUGAGUCUGGAAACGUCACAUCUCCUGAGUCGAACCAGUGAGUCUACCCCAUUCGGUCCCUGGUUGAACAGUCCACCAGAAUCCACUCCCUCCACCUUAAGGCCAUGCUGUUCUCCCUGCGGGAGCUGGUCCAAUGGCUGGGCUUUGCCACGUUCGAGCUCUUCCUCCACCUGGGGGCUCUGCUGGUCUUCAGUGUGCUAGUAGCUCUGCGGGCUGACCUGUUUGCCCCUGGCAUGAGCUGGUGGCUGGUCUUCGCCCCUCUGUUUGCCGCUGAUGGUCUCAGCACCUACUUCACGGCCAUUGUAUCCAUCCGGCUGUACCAGGAGAAUGAGAAAAGGCUAGCAGUGCUGAGGCUGCUGUGGGUGCUGAUGGUGCUCGGCCUCAAGCUGGUGUGUGAGGUGCUGCUGUGCCAGAAGUUGGUUGAGCAGGAACAGGCACGCGACCUGUGGUUCGGUCCUAUCAUCUCACCGCUCUUCAUCCUCCUGCAGCUACUGAUGAUCCGCGCCUGCCGUGUCAACUGAUUCCAAGGGCGGUGUGAUGAGGGCAGGAGUAAUUUAUCAGCCAUAGAAGAUCAGGGUUUAUUCAUACUAGGGGACUGUUUUAAUUAACUGACUAUUGAGAAAUAGUUGUUGGACUAAUGACUGGAGAUAUGAGGGUCACAGGCUUCCCCUCCAUUUCUAACCUUGUCUGAGGACAGUGUGACAGAAUGUGUUUUCCAUGAGCAGUCCUUUGUCAGUAUGGCUCUCCUGGACAUUGCUUCCUGUGGAUACCUUUUUUUGUAUUAGAUCUGUUAUGGACCUCUUGCUCAAGCAUGUAUUGAUGGCCUCAUUUUAUCCUUCUUUGUAAUUUAUUUCCUGAUGUGAUGCUGGGGAGGGACAUUUGAGAAUUGAAGUAAUCUGUCUUUUGAAUUUGGUAAGACUGUCUGCAGCUUUGUUUGUUUUAGUCCAUUUAUUAUGUUUUUGUUUUUGGUACCCUUGUUGUGUUUCUAUAUACAGUAUCAAAGUACCUUAUCCUCUGCAGCAGUGGUAACUCUGGGUCUUCCUUUCCUUUGGCGGUCCUCAUGAGAGUGCUUGAUGGUUUUUGCGACUGCACUUGAAGAAACUUUUCCGGAUUGACUGACCUUCAUAUCUUAAAGUAAUGAUAGACUGUCGUUUCUCUUUGCUUAUUUGAGCUGUUCUUGCCAUAAUAUGUACUUGGUAUUUUACCAAAUAGGGCUAUCUUCUGUAUACCACACCCCUAACUUGUCACAACACAACUGAUUUCCUCAAAUGCAUUAAGGAAAGAAAUUCCACGAAUGAACUUUUAACAAGGUACACCCGUUAAUUGAAAUGCAUUCCAGGUGACUACCUCAUGAAGCUGGUUGAGAGAAUGCCAAGAGUGUGCAAAGCUGUCAUCAAAGUGUGGCUACUUUGAAGAAUCUCAAAUAUAAAUUGUUUAACACUUGUUUUGGUUACUACAUGAUUCCAAAUGUGUUAUUUCAUAGUUUUGAUGUCUUCACUAUUAUCCUAGAAUGUAGAAAAUAGUAAAAAUAAAGAAAGAUCCUUGAAUGAUUAGGUGUGUAAAUUUUUUAUUGUCACUGUAUGUGUAAAUAAACAUUUUGAGCUGGUAAA